ACUUUGACCCGUAGAUUAAAUAGACUUCUCUAAUUUUACCUCAUCAUCAUUCAUGAGUUUCGCUACCCAAAACGCAUCCCAAUUUUUUCUCCCAUUAUAUAUAAUAUAUGAUAUUUAAGUUCCUCAAUCUCUAUUUCUCUCUCCUAUUUGUUACAAAGUUUGCGGUUCCUCUGCCGUUUGGAUCGGAAACUUUUCUUUUCAACUCUGUGAGCAAAUCACUACACAUUAAUUCUCUCUACCCAUAUCCGAAGAAUCCUCUUCAAUGAACCGCACCAGAUCCUGAUUUUGUUUUUGUUUUUCUUCCUUCAAUCUCUCUUAAUCGGCCUCGCCUGCAGAAAUGGAGGUUCAAUAUCAAGAGGAAUACAUAAGGAAUUCGAGAGGAGUUCAGAUUUUCACAUGCCGAUGGUUUCCGAGGCUUUGUUCACCGAAGGCGCUGGUCUUCCUCUGCCAUGGAUACGGCAUGGAAUGCAGUCGAUUCAUGAGAGGAUGUGGACAUCGGCUGGCGACAUCGGGGUACGCAGUGUUUGGGAUGGACUAUGAAGGACAUGGACGAUCCAGUGGAGCUCGUUGCUACAUCAAGAAGUUUGAAAACAUAGUUGCUGACUGUUAUGCCUUCUUCACUUCCAUUUCUGAUGAGGAAGAGUACAGAGACAAGUGCAGGUUCUUGUAUGGAGAGUCAAUGGGUGGGGCUGUGGCCCUUCUUCUGCACAAGAAAAAUCCCAGAUUUUGGAAUGGUGCUGUUCUCGUAGCUCCAAUGUGCAAGAUAUCCGAGAAGGUAAAGCCGCACCCUGUGGUUGUGAAUCUGUUGACAAGAGUAGAAGAAAUUAUACCCAAAUGGAAAAUAGUCCCAACGAAGGAUGUCAUAAAUUCAGCCUUCAAGGACCCUAUAAAGCGUGAAGAGAUAAGGAACAAUAAGUUAAUAUACCAAGACAAGCCCAGGCUCAAAACAGCCCUCGAGAUGCUAAGAGCGAGCAUGAGCCUAGAGGACACCUUACACGAGGUAACACUCCCAUUCUUCGUAUUACAUGGAGAAGCCGACAUAGUGACAGACCCAGAAGUAAGCAGAGCAUUAUACGAGAAAGCAAGCAGCAGAGACAAGACAAUAAAAUUGUACCCAGGAAUGUGGCAUGGCUUGACAUCAGGAGAACCAGAUGAGAACAUUGAAAUUGUGUUCUCAGACAUCAUAGAUUGGCUCAACAAGCACGCCGGCGGGAACACGGCAGCGGGGUUUCAACUUCAAGCAAGUUGCUCAAAUGGAAAUGGCGUUAAUGAAAGAUUGAAUGGCCAAAAGACAUUGAGCAAUGGGAAAGAGGGUCGAAGAAGUCAGAAUCGUGGGAGUUAUCUCUGUGGCUUGAAGGGGAGGUUGUAAUCGGCGAUGUAGUGUUUUUAAUGUUAUUGCAGUGGGCGGUGCCGCCAUCCAUAGUUGAUUGAUUCUGACUAUGGGGGUUUUAACUGAAUAAAAUUCUUGAAAUUACAACUUUUGAGUAGCCCUCACUGAUAGGAUUUUUAACUGCUAGCAUGUUUACAGGUAGUUAACAUUAGAAUUCAAUCGUCCAGAACCGAACACGACUGUUAAGGCAACCUUAGCAUUGGUCGAAGUGAGCCUCUUCUCUUAGAGACUGUUAAGAGUAAGACUUAAUUAGUUAAUAAAUUUUGACAUAGCUUCUCUUUUCGUUCAAGGAUCAAGUUAACUGGCAAACCGAACCGAGCACACUAUGGCCAUACUCGAUUAUAGGCAUGUUGUGAUCCGGAUUGUCUUCAUAUCUUGACUAGUGUUCUAAUCUUCCAAGUUUGCACUGUCUUGCCCUUGAUCUUACUUUCAUAUGCCCUAUUUGAAUUUAUCCCUUGGUCCAAAAUUAAAAGAUAAUCACAAACGACGUUUGAAGUCCACAAAUCAAUCCUAUCUAGACAUUUGGAAUUUUUUUCGGUGUAUCUCAAAUGCAAAAGGAACUGGUGGGUUUGGCAGCUACUAAUGAUAACUUUGGUUCGAUAAUUUUUAUCCUUUUAUUUUUGUUGUUUAGAAUUCUGUAAUUGAUGUGAAUGGGAUUGGGAUGGACCAUGAUUUCCUCGACCACAAAUCAACCACCCCACUUCCUCUAAUCAAACUUACAACACAUAAUAAUUUUUCAAAAAAAAAAAAAAAAAAAACCAAAAAACAAAAA